AUGCGCCGCUUUAAUUUGGCUCUGCUGGCUUAUCUCCAGCUUGCUGGAGCUCGUUCACCGGGCUUCAACAUCCACGAGGACUUGUUGACGUUUCCUCAGUUUGAAGUCGUAUUUGAUAGUCAAUACAUAUCCGAGAAAGACGCCCAUUCACUACUUGAUAGUCAACAUCCUACUUAUUCCGCCGACUUUGCGCAAUCAACGGUCGAUCAAGCUCGGGAAGCUGACGAACGCGACAAUGGCGACAACCAGGACCAGAACGGCCCAUCGUUUACAUACGAACUUAUGAAGCUACCGCCUAACGAGUAUCUUUGUUCGAUACCUAUUAUACAACCCCCCGAAGCAGAGAAUAAGACGGCCAACGAACUCGCCAAGGCAGAGGAAGCGCGCGAGCUUAGUCGUGCGACGGCGAGUGGAUGGGGACUUCUAUCAGAACUAGAGGACUCAUGCCUCUACUUUAUGUCGGGAUGGUGGAGCUACAGCUUCUGUAACAACCGCGAGAUCAUCCAGUUCCACGCACUUCCUUCAAUACCGAAUGGUCAACCUCCCAAGCGCGACCCUCAUACUCCCGACUACGUACUGGGAAGAGUUCCUGCCAUCCCGGCUAGUGCAGCGCAGAAAGCGAAGACAACUGGCCAGGAUGCGCCACCUCCAGCGGAACUACAAGUUAAAGGUGACCAGCGGUAUCUAGUUCAGAAGCUUGAAGGAGGAACCAUCUGCGACUUGACAGGAAGAGAGCGCACGAUUGAAGUCCAGUACCACUGCGUACCAGGAAUGAAGGCUGAUCGGAUUGGUUGGAUUAAGGAAGUUACUAUCUGUGCUUACCUGAUGGUCGUCAACACGCCGCGACUUUGCAACGACGUCGCUUUCUUGCCUCCUGAGGAGACCCGGGCGAACCCCAUCCAGUGCAAGCUUAUCGUGAGCGACCUCAACCAGCCCCCUUCGCUCGGCGAAUCAGUACCCGUUAAGGAGGAGGAAGCUCAGGUGCCGCUUAAGCAGGAGAACACAGAAGAAAAGUCCGAAGACGCAAGCCCUGGAGAAGCCGCAAAGGAGCCAGUUAACAUCGGCGGCGUUGUCGUAGGCGCCAGAAAUGUGCUCUCUGGCGCUGAUGAAGCAGGCAAACCACCAGCCAAGCUCCCACCCCCACGCAGCUACUUUUCUAGUUCCAACACCGACAGCGAGCGUCUCCUUCAAGUCGUAGCAUCGGGCAAAAGUAAGGAAGACGGCGGCGGGGUCACAACACUCAGCAACAAGGAAUUAGAGGGGCUGGACCUCAAGCCCGAUACCGUCAAGGAUAUGGCCGAUCGUAUGCAGAAGCUUGCAGGAAUUAACGGCUGGAAGCUCGAGCUCGUGGAGUUACCUGGCGGAGAGAAGGAGCUUAGGGGAUAUAUUGAUGCUGAUGAGGAUGAGGUUAAGAAGAACAAGGAGAAGCUGAAGAAGGAGAAAGAGGCUGCUAAGGCUGAGAAGAAGGAUGGUGAUGAGGAUAAGACUGAGGGCAGUGAGGAGCAGUUCUUUGAAAAGAAGGAUGAGCUGUAG